AGGGGGGAGCCGGAGGGGAGGCAGAGGAGGCGAGCGAGGCAUCAGCCCGCAGCCCGCCCCCGGCACAUCCUCAGAAGCGCAGACACCCGGCCGGCCGCUGGGCGAGGUGGAGGUGAGGGCGGGCGCCAGCGAACUCGGACUGCCGCUCGCACACUCGCGGGCGAUCCCAGCCGCCGCCGCCGCCGCCGCCGCACCCGCAGCAGCACCAGCAGCAGCCCCGGCAGCCGCCGCUUCCUGCCUCGCGCUCCCCUCGAGAGACUGGCCAAGCGGGUGUAGCCGCCGGGGGAGGCUCCCGCUGAGGGAACCCGGCGAGGACAAGAGCCCGGAGGCUGGCUGCCUCCCACUCCGCCUGUCCAGCGGUCGGUGUCUCUGCCCGCGUGUGUGUCCCGGGUGCCGCCGGUGGGGGACCUGUGUCAGUUUGCGCCUCUGAGAUCACACAGCUGCCUAGGGGCCGUGUAAUGCCCAGGGCAAGUCUUGGCUUUGAUUAUUAUUAUUACUACUAUUAUUUUACGCUUGGCUUUCGGGAAACCCUCGUGAUGUUGUAGGAUAAAGGAAAUGACACUUUGAGGAACUGGAGAGAACAUACACGCGUUUGGGUUUGAAGAGAAAACCGGUCCCCCGCUUACCCCAGCUUGCUCCCUCUUUGCUGAUUCCAGAAGCUAUCUCCUAGUGAGGUGGGGAUUCCAGCAAGAAUUAAAGGUGAAGACAGACGGGCCACCAGGACCCAGGAGGGAAACGCUGGCCAUUAGAGACCUUUACAGAAGACACCACAAGGAAGAAAAUUAGAGAGAGGAAAAACACAAAGACAUAAUUAUACGAGAUUCCACAAGCCUAGCCCUGGAGAAAGCCUCUCUUUCAAAAAUGGAUAUGUUCCCUCUUACCUGGGUUUUCUUAGCUCUGUACUUUUCAGGACACAAAGUGAGAAGCCAACCAGACCCACCCUGUGGAGGUCGGCUGAAUUCCAAGGAUGCUGGCUACAUCACCUCCCCGGGUUACCCCCAGGACUAUCCCUCUCACCAGAACUGUGAGUGGGUCGUGUACGCACCGGAACCCAACCAGAAGAUCGUCCUCAACUUCAACCCUCACUUUGAAAUCGAGAAACAUGACUGCAAGUAUGACUUCAUUGAGAUUCGGGAUGGGGACAGUGAGUCGGCUGACCUCCUGGGCAAACACUGUGGGAACAUCGCUCCGCCCACCAUCAUCUCCUCUGGCUCCAUGUUAUACAUCAAGUUCACAUCAGACUAUGCCCGGCAGGGGGCAGGUUUCUCCCUACGCUACGAGAUCUUCAAAACAGGCUCUGAAGAUUGUUCCAAGAACUUCACAAGCCCCAAUGGGACCAUUGAAUCUCCCGGGUUCCCAGAGAAGUAUCCACACAAUCUGGACUGCACCUUCACCAUCCUGGCCAAACCCAGGAUGGAGAUCAUCCUGCAGUUCCUGACCUUUGACCUGGAGCAUGACCCCCUACAAGUGGGGGAAGGAGACUGCAAAUAUGACUGGCUGGACAUCUGGGAUGGCAUUCCACACGUUGGCCCUCUGAUUGGCAAGUACUGUGGGACCAAAACACCCUCCAAGCUCCGCUCAUCCACGGGGAUCCUCUCCCUGACCUUUCACACGGACAUGGCAGUGGCCAAGGACGGCUUCUCCGCACGUUACUACCUGGUCCACCAAGAGCCGCCUGAGAACUUCCAGUGCAACGUCCCUCUGGGAAUGGAGUCCGGCCGGAUUGCUAACGAGCAGAUCAGUGCCUCAUCCACCUUCUCUGAUGGGAGGUGGACGCCUCAACAGAGCCGGCUCCAUGGUGACGACAAUGGCUGGACCCCCAACUUGGAUUCCAACAAGGAGUACCUCCAGGUGGACCUGCGCUUCCUCACCGUGCUCACGGCCAUCGCCACACAGGGAGCCAUUUCCAGGGAGACCCAGAAAGGCUACUACGUCAAGUCGUACAAGCUGGAGGUCAGCACAAACGGGGAGGACUGGAUGGUCUACCGGCAUGGCAAAAACCACAAGGUAUUCCAGGCUAACAACGAUGCGACCGAGGUGGUCCUAAAUAAACUCCACAUGCCACUGCUGACAAGGUUCAUCAGGAUCCGCCCACAGACGUGGCACUUGGGCAUUGCCCUUCGGCUGGAGCUCUUUGGCUGUCGAGUCACAGAUGCACCCUGCUCCAACAUGCUGGGGAUGCUCUCGGGCCUCAUUGCUGAUACCCAGAUCUCUGCCUCCUCCACCCGAGAAUACCUCUGGAGCCCCAGUGCGGCCCGCCUGGUUAGCAGCCGUUCCGGCUGGUUCCCUCGGAACCCUCAAGCCCAGCCAGGUGAAGAGUGGCUUCAGGUGGACUUGGGGACGCCCAAGACAGUGAAAGGUGUCAUCAUCCAGGGAGCCCGUGGAGGGGACAGCAUCUCUGCCAUGGAAGCCAGGGCGUUUGUACGCAAGUUCAAAGUCUCCUACAGCCUAAACGGCAAGGAAUGGGAAUACAUCCAGGAUCCCAGGACUCAGCAGCCAAAGCUGUUUGAAGGGAACAUGCACUAUGACACUCCCGACAUCCGAAGGUUCGAUCCAGUUCCAGCGCAAUACGUGCGGGUGUACCCCGAGAGAUGGUCACCAGCAGGCAUUGGGAUGAGGCUGGAGGUCCUGGGCUGUGACUGGACAGACUCAAAGCCCACAGUGGAGACACUGGGACCCACCGUGAAGAGCGAAGAGACUACCACCCCGUAUCCCAUGGAAGAGGAUGUCACUGAGUGCGGGGAAAAUUGCAGCUUUGAGGACGAUAAAGACUUGCAACUCCCUUCGGGAUUCAACUGCAACUUUGACUUCCCCGAAGAGCCCUGCGGUUGGAUAUACGACCAUGCCAAGUGGCUCCGAAGCACCUGGAUGGGCAGUGCCAGCCCCGAUGACCGAACAUUUCCAGAUGACAAGAACUUCUUGAGACUACAGAGCGACGGCCGGCGCGAGGGCCAGUAUGGGCGGCUCAUCAGCCCACCCGUGCACCUGCCCCGGAGUCCUGUGUGCAUGGAGUUCCAGUACCAAGCGACCGGCGGCCACGGGGUGGCACUGCAGGUGGUUCGGGAAGCUAGCCAGGAAAGCAAACUCCUCUGGGUCAUCCGUGAGGACCAAGGCAGCGAGUGGAAGCAUGGACGCAUUAUCCUGCCCAGCUACGACAUGGAGUAUCAGAUCGUGUUCGAGGGUGUGAUCGGGAAAGGACGAUCGGGAGAGAUCGCCAUCGAUGACAUUCGGCUGAGCACUGAUGUCCCACUGGAGAACUGCAUGGAACCCAUCUCAGCUUUUACAGUGGACAUCCCAGAAAUCCGUGGGGGAGAGGGCUAUGAAGAUGAAAUUGAUGAUGAGUAUGAGGGAGACUGGAGCAACUCUUCUUCCCAUACCUCAGGAGCUGGGGGCCCCUCCUCCGGCAAAGAAAAGAGCUGGCUCUACACACUGGACCCCAUCCUCAUCACCAUCAUCGCCAUGAGCUCGCUGGGCGUCCUGCUGGGGGCCACCUGCGCCGGCCUCCUCCUCUACUGCGCCUGCUCCUACUCCGGCCUGAGUUCGCGCAGUUGCACCACCCUGGAGAACUACAACUUCGAGCUCUAUGACGGCCUCAAGCACAAGGUCAAGAUGAACCAGCAGAAGUGUUGCUCGGAGGCGUGACAGGUUGCGCCUGAACCGCUUCUGACGUUUCAUUCCAGUGAGAGGGGCUAACGAAGAGGACUUUUUUUUUCUCCCCCCCGCUUUGGAAACUGAAUGCCAUAAUCUCAAUCAAACCAAUCCAGAAUACUGAAGGUCUGGGCAGGACAGACAGGCUAGUCUAGGGAAAAAGUGAGAUGCAGCCACGAGGGGAAUUAUUGCCCACCCGGGACUGUGGUGGCCAAGUUAACGCAGGAGCAGGGCCGUGUUCUCUGCCGGGACAGACAGGAGCGCAUCUCUUUGGAGUCACAGUUCUGUUUCGCUUGUGGGUUCGUUACGAUUAUGGUUGUGUUGUGAUUGUUUUUAUCUUUUUUGGUCUGUGAGCAACUCAAAGAGGCAGAAGAGAAUGGCUUUAUCCAGUGGGAAGUGGAGAGAGGACCGUGACUCCCUUCCUCUUUAAUCAACACUUGAAAAGCCGAGGGUCUUUCCAGCCCUUCCAGCUUGAGAAAUGAAACUUAAGAAACAAGAGCCACCCAGCUUAGCUUGCCCUCAGAUGGCCUCACACCUCACGAGACUUGCUGGGGGUGUGUUCAAAUUCUGCCAGCCUACCCUAGGAGCUGCCGUUUUUUCAGUCCUAGCAUAUUGAAGUAGGAUGUUAUUGCCUUUAACUUUUUUUAAUCCAGGGGAAGAUUGCCAUUUUAAGGUCAGCUUGAACAAUUCUUUCUUAUAUACUAUUUAAAAUAAACCAGAACAGAAACUUCAUAUGCCAGAAUCCAUAGACACACCUCUAUGGUUAGACACAGACAAGCCUUAAAAUGCUUUGAUGACUGGGGGGCCAUUCCUUAAUCUUGACCCAGAGUUUGUGGCUGAGGGGUGUCCCUUUGUGGCCUCUGCUGGUGGCUUUGCCUUUUCUUUUUCCUCCUAUUUGUUCUUCUGCAAAGUAUACAUAUAUUCACCUGUGCGCAUGCACGCACGCUUGCGCAGGCACACACACGCACACGCACGCACACAGAGUGAGAGGGUGAGAGGGAGAUUUUGCCGGUCUCUAUUCUCUGUUCUCAGAGCAGGAUGGGAAGUCAGGUGGAUGGUGUGUUUCCUCCUGACCUCUAGAUAGAAAGAACAAGGGAAAAGAAGGAAAGAGAAGCCCAGCCUGUGUUGGGAAGAAUGAGCAAUGUGGACAGAGACAUUUUGUUGAAUCGAUCUCCUUGAUAGGUUGAUAACCUUGAUCUCUUGUGAGCAGGCUCCAUCCUUGCAGGGAUGUGAGGUCAAGGACAUGCGUGAGUUGCCUCUACCCACAAGUCUGCUAGUGCUGUGGGUGAAGUAGUUCACCACACUGCUUCAACCUCAGGAAGACUUCAGUUCUUAUUCAUACACAUAUGUGCCAUGUACACACACACACACACACACACACACACACACACACAUGCACUCACACAUGCACAUGCACGCCCACACGCACACACGCAGCAGUUUAUGUGUUUUUUAUAAAGUGCCUUGAUAAAAAUGAAGAAAAAUGUAUUUCCCCUCUGGGUAGGAAUCACGACGGUCUCACAAGUUAAGGCAUUCCUCCUCCUCUGACCCCAGUGACCCCAUUCCCAGCUCCCCUGCCUACCCACCGCUGAGCCACAGCGGAAUGAGUCCCCGCUCCCUGGGGAAAACCAGAACCCUAAAUGACUCCUGAAAGGGAGGUGUCAGAAACAGAACGGAACUGUGUGAAGGAUAAGAUUGUCCUCAAGAUCCAAAUCUUGACUUUGUGUUGAUGCCUAGAGAUUGUCUGUGCUCUAGAAAUCCAUGACGAGCCCCACCAGUUUGCCCUGACUGUUGCAUACAAGUGACAAACUGACCAUUUUUGCUGCUGUGGUCAUCCACGACUUCAUUUGUCUUGUACCCAGGCCAAAGGAGCAGGGUGAACGGGACUGGCUGGUUCCUUUAACCGUUAACUUAGGAAAAACGCUAGUUCAGAUGGUAACGUCACGGUGUUUUGUAUGCAGAGAGGGAAACGGUCAUACCGAAAGCUAUUUAUUCACAUAUGUGUGUGUGUGUGUGUGUGUCUUUGCGCGCCUUUGAGUUCUCUGUAUCUACUGUGUAUGUGCGUGGUCACGUGGAACUCAGUGGUGGUGUUGUGACUUUGACCUAGAGCCUGAGUGUUACUGCUGAUCUUGGCACUCCUUGGCACAGUGGUAGAGGUGGAAAGUUAAGCUGUUAAGCCCUGGGGGCUUAGUGUUAGGUGCCCUCUGAGCUGGGCAUGCGGUAGAAGGAAGUCUGUAUUCGCUCAUUCUCCUCUUCACCCUCCCUUGCAGCUAGGAUUCAGAACCCUGAGAGCCUCUAGGGAGGAGAGACAUUCAAAGGCCCACUCUGGGAGUCCUGGCCCUCUCAUGGCCAGUGGACCAUUUUGCUAUAAUUCCCCCAAAGACUGGCCCUGUCUAUAAACCUGCAGUUCUGUUCCAUGCCACUCAACCUGUAUCCCUUUUACAAGUCCUGCAUCCAUUUCACUUUGGCUGAGUUGAGGCUCUGAGUGGACCCUGAGAGCUAAACAGAAACAGGGUGCCCAGGGCUACAAGUAGAUACCUCACCAAGGCUGGAGGCUGGUCUGUUGAAAGGUGUAAAGAAAGACAGCAGGGUCUGAUUCUAACUUGGCCAGGGGACACCUUGGUGCAUUGGUUCUCUUUAUCUUCAGAUAGGCUAGCUGGUCCAUCUCCUUGAACGGUUCCCUUUGGGAAACCUAACUCACAGUAUUGAUCUCUUAUUUUUGCCUUGUACUGAAUGACACAUUACCUCCACGCUCUCCCGGACUAGGUGGUCCACAGGUCCACAAGGUUGCUUUCUCUCUUUGGUGGGGAUGGGGAGUUCACAGGGAUGAGCAUGAAUGACAAGAAAAUAGGGGUGGGGGAAAGUGAAGCUUUUCCAGGGUGUGCGGUUAAAGGGAUUUGACCAUUCACUGGCUGAGCCAGAUCAUGGGAACUCGAGAGCUUUUACUGUGAUUCUUCAAUGUAAAAAAUAAACGAUGUCAAACUGUGUUUAUAUGAUUUGUAUAAAGCCUUUUUAAGAUUACUAUUUAAAUAAACAUUAUGCCAGAAGUA